AUGCCUUCGGCACUGAGUAUCAAUGACUCUAGUCUCGAUUAUGAUGUCCUCAUCGUCGGCGCUGGACUCAGCGGCAUCUUGAGUUUAUACCGCAUGCGUGAACUUGGCCUGAGAGCACGAGUGCUUGAGGCUGGCCCAGCUGAAGGUGGUACCUGGUUCUGGAAUCGAUAUCCCGGAGCUCGGUUUGACUCGGAAAGCUACUCGUACAUCUUUUCCUUCUCGCAGGAGGUUCUUGAUGAGUGGAACUGGACAGAGCAUUUUGCCCCUCAGCCAGAAACCCUCCGUUACAUCCAGUUCCUCACCAACAAGUUUGACCUGAAGCGUGACAUGCAAUUCGACACGCAGAUCAAGUCAGCCCACUUCCAGGAAGAGACCUCCUCGUGGCUGUUGGAAGACGAAGAGGGCAAUUCAUAUAACAGCCGAUAUCUCAUCACAGCCAUGGGCAUCUUGAACAAACCAACGCUUCCCAACAUUCCAGGCGUCCAGAAGUUCAAGGGAGAGUCCUGGCAUACAGCACGAUGGCCCGACGAUGCCUCCAGCCUCCAAGGGAAGCGGGUCGGCAUCAUCGGUACUGGCGCAACUGCCAUCCAAACUAUUCAGGCUAUCUCAGAUAAGGUCGGGCAUCUCACCGUCUUCCAGAGAACGCCAAACUGGACCGUGCCUCUUCGGAAUUCCAAGAUCAGCCUUGAAGAGAUGGAGGAGAUCCGCAAGAGCUACCCUGAGAUAUUCCGCAAAUGUCUCGAGUCAUAUUCAUGCUUCAUCCACGUGAGCGACACCAGAAGCGUCUUCUCAAUGACAGAGGAGGAGCGGCAAGCACACUGGGAGAAACUGUAUUCUCUUCCAGGGUUUGCCAAGGUUCUGAGCAUCUCCUCUGACGUUGCCACGGACCGCAAGGCAAAUGAGCUAUACAGCAAGUUCCACGCCGACAAGAUUCGAGCUCGCGUCAAUGAUCCAGAGGUCGCAGAAAAGCUGAUUCCAAAGAAUCAUGGGUUUGGAACCCGGAGAGUGCCUCUUGAGAGCGGCUACUUUGAGGUUUUUAACCAACCCAACGUUAACCUGGUUGACAUAAGGGAGAACCCCAUCUCUCAGAUUACUGAAACGGGUGUUGAAACUGGCGAAUCGACUCACGAGUUGGAUAUCCUCAUUUAUGCCACUGGCUUCGACGCCGUCACUGGGUCUUUCAACGCCGUGGACUUUGAAGGCCGGAAUGGGACCAAGCUCAAGGAUGUCUGGAGCAAUGGUAUCAGAACCUUCCUGGGCCUUACCGUCCAGGAUUUCCCCAAUAUGUUCAUGAUAAUGGGACCUCACCAAAUGUUUGGCAACAUUCCACGCUCGAUCGAGUAUGCCGUGGACUGGGUAGCCGAGUUUAUGCGACACGCCCGAGACACCAACAUCACCUACGUGGAAGCCACAGAGAAGGGCAUGGACGAGUGGACGGAGCAUGUCCAUGACUGUGGCAAGGGACUGCUGGCAAACGAGGUCGAUUCGUGGAUGACUGGAGUGAAUAAGAAUCUGGCCCACAAGCAGAAGAGAUCGAUGACGAGAUACAAUGGGCCAGCGCCUGGGUACCGCAAGAGGUGUGAUGAGGUCAAGGCGAGGGGGUAUUCAGACUUUGUGAUAAGACACCAGUAG